AGCAAAACAAGCAUAACACGAACCAAGCAGUAAUAGACGUGAAGGUAAUGCGGCAAACCUACGGAUUUAUAUCUGUGUAUCUGGUGUUUUGGUUGGAUUUAUUUCCCUCAAUCAAUUUCUUUUGUGUAUUUUUCAUUUUCAAUUUCAAGUAUUUGGGAGUUUUAUUUGUUCCUGGUCUUACUUGUGGCGCCAUUCGAGUUGUAUGCAAACUUGCUUACAAGCAACACGUUUUGCUAGGGCGGUAUGCAGCGUUGGUCCAAUUCGUCCAGAUUCUUUAAAAAAAUUAUAUUUUGUUUUAAAGAUUUGAUCAUUUCUAUCAUUCCGCUAGUAAUUCAAUAAAUUUAUUUCCUUGGCACAGAAUAACACUAUAAAUAGUACAGUUUUUACCAUAAACAGUAGUGUUUUAUAUGCCCAUCUUGAAGGUAGAUUUUGCACAAUGAAACGUACCGAUUGUUAAACGAGACCAUAUAUUUUGUAUUAUUUAAGCAAUCUUGCAAAAACCUACCCCAUUUUUUUCAACAGAGUACGAUGAUUCCAGGGCUUAGCUCUGCCUACUAAUCAACCAGAUAUUUUAUAUCACUCUACGAAACGAAUGGCGCAAUACUGAUGGAGUCAUUUUAGCGAUCGCCAAACACUUCUCUUAAAAUGCAAAAUAAAAAACAAACAAACAGUGGACGGCAAUCUGAGCACGGCUAAACAUUUUCAAAUAAAAUCAAAUUUAUUAUAAAAAUCAAUCGAUAAGCAAACAAGCUCUUUCUACCUUAAAAUCACACUUUACAACCUACUCCAGCAUGGGACGCCAACAACAACGCAAAACCAAACUUGAUUUUAAAAACAAUUGCAGCCAAUUGCUAUCUCAACUUUAAAACUAACAUUAAAGGUAGAAUUAACUAGGCACCCAGCCGGUGUUGCCGAAUAUAUUUGAAUGCCUAGUCCGAGAACCUGGAGGAGGUGAAGUCGAUUGGCGCGAGGGCAAGUCGAGCAUAAGAAUUGAUCGCAAUCGUGAGAUGUAGAACGUUGCGUCUCCGAAACAAAAUUAUCACGUACAUAAUUGUUGAACUUUCCCCUUCUUCCCUACUGUUUGUAGAUAGUAAUUUAUUGCAAAUAAAAGAAAAGUAACUAGUACCGAGAAGUUACACGGACCGUUAUGUUUGUUACAGGAUGGAAUGGCCGUACGAGCAUACCUUUGAUCGUCUUUUUGAUCUGUUUAUGGUAGGAGUUUAUUGAUACGUGGAGUGAUGAACGACGAUUGGAUAAACUCGACGAGUCACAAUAUUAGGCCUUGCCAUCUCUGCUAUUCAGAACUGCAUUGAACAGCAUUCGAUCAGCUUGACGGAUCAGUGCAUUGUGCGCAUAAGCCAGAAUGGUAGCAACCAAAUCAAACAAAGCUCUUGGCAAACAUCAUUAAAACAAGCUCUACACAGCAACAACUUCUAUGAAAAUCAUAAGAGAUGUCACUAGAUAAAGCAAAAUAUAUCCAGCACGUACCAAAAGAGUCAAUAGCAACACGAAAGCAGGAAAAAGUGUAAUGCGUAUGAAAUCGUCUUCUUACUAUCGAUUAGCUUAAACUAGUUUACUAUACUGCAAUCAUUUGGAUGAUGUUUUUUAAACUCUGCUAAUCGUCAUUGAUUCUACUGAUUCGAAAGUAUCACGUCUUUUGAAUGCAAUUGAAACGAACGUUAACAACUUAAUAAAUGAGUGCUGUGCGCUGUUUGCACGGCGAUAUACUUAAUGCUGAGAAAACGUUAGAUAAGUUUAACAAAUGUAGUGCUCGUUGAUCCUUGCUUGGUUUGGUGUCUGCAAACGAUACUUAAACACAAUGGCAUCAGCGAUAACCAGACAUUAGUGAUCGGUUUCAUGAGUUCUCCACGAUUGAGGCGAUUUGGUUUCGUGUUUGGGAAUGGUUGAUUGGUGCAACAGAAUUCGCUUAGCGCUGAGUUUGUUACCCUAAUGUGUGUGCCCUCACAAAACAAACUCAAACACAUCUUACAGUAGAGUCGAAGGGUAGGUUAAUCCAAAUUAUAAAAUAUGUUAUAAGAAAUA